CCAAGGCGGCGGAGCGAUGGGGCUCGGGUCCAACUCCGCCGUGCGGGUUGAAUGGGUUGCUGCAGUCUCCUUAGCUGCCGGAGCAGCUGCUGUUGGGUAUCUGGCUUACAGAAAAUUUCUUGCUAAAGACAAAUGCUGCAAAGCCAUGGUGAAUCUCCAUAUCCAGAAAGAUAACCCCAAGGUAGUCCACGCAUUUGAUAUGGAAGAUCUGGGAGACAAGGCUGUGUACUGCCGUUGCUGGAGGUCUAAGAAGUUCCCUCUUUGUGAUGGCUCUCACACAAAGCACAACGACGAAACUGGUGACAAUGUUGGACCUCUGAUCAUCAAAAGGAAGGAGGCAUAGAGUGGACAGUGGAAGCUAUAAAAUGAAUGUCUGACAAAUCCUCUGCUCACUUGUAAAUCAGGGCAGGGAAACACAUUUUGUUGUGUCACUGAAGAAUCCCAGUGUAGUGUAUACCUGAGGCUUCAGCAUGGGUAUUUUUUCUGGUGUCUUGUUUUAAUCACUACAAUGUAUAAUUUACUAAAUAGUCAUGUUUUUUUUUUGUCCUGUGAAGUAUGUGUACUGUUUCAUUAAGUAUGAAACUAAAAUGACGGAUAGAAUGUACUUCAGCCAAUGUGCAGAAAAUAAUUUAUUAAAUUAUUUUCAAAUACCUGUGUAGUACUUUGAGGCAAUUCAGUAGUAAGUGUAUUCAGAAGGUAGCUCUUAAUAUUGAGAGGUUUAAAAGUCACAGGUGCAGAUAGGCUUCUUCUGAAAAG